AUGAAUUCUUCGCUUGAAACGCAACAAUCAUCUGAUGAAGAAAACGCGAAAUUGAUUGUCUCGGAACUAAUCGAUUUGUUAAAUGAUGAACGAGCCUAUCGAGAUCUGAGUGUUGUCACUGAAAUCAGCAAAACUGUACAUUUGCUUGUCAAACAAAAUGAUUGUCGACGAAAGGAAGUCAUUCGUCAUCCACAACUGAUCAUCUCUUUGGCGAGAUUAUUCAAUACCGACAAUGAUCUGACGUGUUUACUAUCAAGUCUAUUUCACGAUCUAUCAAUAGAUGAAGAUGGAAUCCGAUUAUUGCUAAGCGCUGAGAUAAUACCUAUCCUUCUUCAAACACUUGAAGUGUUAAACGAUGAUGUCAUCAAUUUCAUUCUGACAACGCUUCGCAAUUGUUUGAUUGGGCUAAAUAAUGAAUCAGCUGAAGAAAUUCAAGCACAUAAUGGUUGCAUGAUAUUUAUAUCCUUGCUGAUUCGUCGUCACUCAGAUAAACAAAUGAAUUUCCUUGCGGAUUGUCUGCUACGUUUAGCAAUGUUCAACAAAAACGCUCAAAUUUAUCUACAAACAAGCAAAUUAUUCUUACAAGAACUCGUUUCCAUUCUCGACGAGACCAAUUAUAAUAAAUUAUCAUGUACUUUGAUACGAAUGCUCCCAAUAUUAUCGUCGAAUAUUCACACAAAGUCACUCUUGAUACAAUUCAAUUUAAUUCCAACAAUAGAGAAAAUUCUACACUUGAAAAUCGAUUCGAAAAUCCAACGGUAUUGCUUGUUAACAUUGAGAAAUCUAUCAAAUGAAAUCAUUCAUAUGGAUAUAUUCGAUUCAUUGAUUCUAACGUUAAUACAAAUACUAUCCUCGAAUGUCGAUAUCCAAAUCAAGGGCUAUGUCAUCGAUAUUCUAUCGAAUCUAUCCUGUGAAAACCAAGCGAAUAAAUCAUUGAUGAUUCGACAUAAUCUCGUUCAAUUACUUGUUCAUAUUCUCAUACAAGUCGAAAAUCGAGACGAUAUCAUUGAAUCGAUUGUUUGCACACUCAGACAUCUCACCGGUCGAUGCCCAUUAGCAUUUCAAGCUCGUGAAUCGAUUCGCAUGAGCCAGGCGACACCCACACUGAUCAAAUAUCUUCAUACAAAAGAAUCGAAUUGGUCUCUACUAAAAGCAUGUAUUGGUCUAAUACGAAAUUUAGCGUUAGCCGAGACUAACAUGAAGAUUCUGUGUGAACAUCGAACGGUGUAUAAGAUUGGAAAGUUAUUUUUCCAAAUGAAGACUAGUCCGGAACGUUAUGAAAUAUUUCUCACGACGUUGUUUGUAUUCUGUCGACAACGAGAUGAAAAAGUUCGAGGAAUGGUUCAUGAGCAACUCAUCAAUUCAAGUUGUGUCGAAACACUUGUUCACUUUGCAAACGCGAACCAGUCGGAUCAAAUCCAACAGAUGUCAAAAGCUAUUCUCGAUGAUUUAUAUCAAAGUGAACAGAGUGAUUAUCGACAAGUGGUACGCGAUGUAGAGAAAAAGAUGAAAAUUACACAAUUUAUACAAUUUGAUUAA